AUGCUUCUGUUCAUCAACACAGUGAUAGUAGUGCAGUACAGCAGCGGCAGGAUUACUACUGGUACUACCAGCAGCGGCAGGAUUAUUACUAGUGCUACCAGCAGCAGCAGCAUUAGUACUAGUAGCAGCGGCAGCGUUACUACUGGUACUACCAGCAGUGGCAGGAUUACUACUAGUACUACCAGCAGUGGCAACAUUACUACUGGUACUACCAGCAGCAGCAGCAUUACUACUGGUACUACCAGCAGUGGCAGGAUUACUACUAGUACUACCAGCAGUGGCAACAUUACUACUGGUACUACCAGCAGCAGCAGCAUUACUACUGGUACUACCAGCAGUGGCAGGAUUACUACUAGUACUACCAGCAGUGGCAACAUUACUACUGGUACUACCAGCAGCAGCAGCAUUACUACUGGUACUACCAGCAGUGGCAGGAUUACUACUAGUACUACCAGCAGUGGCAGCAUUAGUACUAGUAGCAGCAGCAGCAUUACUACUGGUACUACCAGCAGCGGCAGCGUUACUACUAGUACUACUACCAGCGACAGCAUUACUACUAGUACUACCAGCAGUGGCCGCAUUAGUACUAGUAGCAGCGGCAGCGUUACUACUGGUGCUACCAGCAGCGGCAGCAUUACUACUGGUACUACCAGCAGCGGCAGUGUUACUACUAGUGCUACUACCAGUGGCAGCAUUAGUACUACUACCAGUGGCAGCGUUACUACUAGUACUAGUAGCAGCGGCAGCGUUAGUACUAGUAGCAGCAGCAGUGUUACUACCAGUACUACUACCAGCGGCAGCAUUAGUACUACUACCACCAGCAGCGUUACUACUAGUACUAGUAGCAGCGGCAGCGUUAGUACUAGUACUACUACCAGCGGCAGGAUUACUACUAGUAUUAGUAGUAGUGGCGGUGGCAGUGUUACUACUACCACUACUCCAGCAGCAGCAGUAACAACAAUGACCAUUUGUUGA